AUGACGGACAACAAUAAGCCCAUCACCGAGUCACCUCCCAGCGUCGAGGCAGUUGAGGACUCGGAGCUCAAGGGCGGCCGGGCAGAUCUGGACAUGACCAACAGGGACAACGCAGUCGGCUACGAGGAGUAUCUCGAGGCUCGCGACAUUGAAUUCUCAGACGCAGAGGCAAAGAGGCUCCGCUGGAAGCUCGAUCUCGUCAUUCUCCCCAUGUUCCUGAUUACCCAGGCCCUGCAGUUUAUGGACAAGACGUCUCUGAACUAUGCCAAUCUCUUUGGAUACCAGGAGGCAUUGGGUCUCAAGGGCAAGCAGUUCAACUACCUUUCUGCGAUGGUUUAUGCUGGUUACUUCUUCGGUCAAUACCCCUGCGGUUGGCUCAUUGGCCGCUUUCCCGCGCAAAAGGUCAUGGCCAUCAGUGUUUUCCUCUGGGGCCUUAUGGUCAUCAUCAUGACCCAGAGCCGAGACUACUCCAGUGCCUUGGCUGUGCGCUUCAUCAUGGGCGUCUUUGAGGCUGCUGUCACUCCCGGUCUGACCCUCAUGACUGGUUUCUGGUACACCCGCCGCGAAAUUCCCCUCCGCCAGUGUAUUUGGUACUCAUCUCUUGGUUGGGGUGGCAUCGUUGGCUCCUACAUCUCCAUGGGUGUCUCCAAGCUUCCCGUCGAUAUGAAGCCCGAACGUUGGGAGCUCAUCUUCUACAUUCUCGGUGGUGCCACCUGUCUCUGGGCCUUUGUCAUCUGGUUCCUUCUCCCCGAUUCGCCCUCGAACGCUAGAUUCCUCAACCAUCGCGAACGCCUCAUCGCUGUCAAGCGAGUUGCCUCCAACGACUCCGGUAUCAAGAACAAGGCCUUCGACAAGAGCCAAGUUGCCCUCGGUUUCACCGAUCCCAAGACAUUGUUGAUCUUCACCUCCGUCUUCGCAGCCGCCAUUCCCAACGGUGUCGUCAACUCCUUCUCUACCAUCAUUAUCCGCGACAUGGGCUUCAGCACCACCAUGACUACCCAGCUCAAGUCAGUUGGCGAUGCCAUCCAGAUCAUCGGUCUCAUCAUCGGUGGAGCUAUCAUUCUCAACGUUCCCAACUCUCGUCUUGUGACUGCUACUGUCGCCAACAUGAUCUGCACCAUCUCCGCGGCAUGCAUGGCUUAUCUUCCUCGAGACAACACCUGGGGACGACUGGUAUGCUUCUGGCUCGUCAACACACAGUCGGUCGGCUUCACUGUAUCUUUGACUACCAUCUCUUCCAACAUGGCUGGUUACACCCAUCGAUCUUUGGCUAGUGCCCUGGUCUUUACCGCUUACUGCUGGGGUAACUUUGCAGGCCCCUUCGUUGUGAAGCAAUCCGAGGCCCCUCACUUCACAGGCGCCACCAUCGGACUGUUGGUCGGAUAUGCCAUAAAGUUCUGCUGCCAUCUCGGCCUUCUCCUGUACAUGUUCCUUAUCAACAAGCACCGCAACAAGACCUACGGAUCUCCCAAUGAGGAGCGAAGUCACGAGGCAGGAAUGCGGGAUCAGACCGAAUUUGAGAACAAGGACUUCCGAUAUGUGCUAUAA